UGACAAACGUCGAGUUGAUUACCGAAAGAGGUUUAGUCUCCGCAAGUCAGUGAGAUGCCAAGACUUCACAGGGCUGCCUUCUUCCGCGGUUUGGGAAGAGAAACGAACGAUGUUGGGCAUGAGGUCCAACCAGACGGGGACCAGUUGAAAUGAGACUGUUUUGGUGGUGUUGGCGAGAUACGAAUACGUACGGCGAAGACCCUUUCGACGUUUUGAUGGGCCUAACGGCCUCAUUUAAAGAGAUGCCGAGAUGUCCCUUAGAUGUUGUCGUGGUGGGAUAGAGGGUCCACCAACAUUGUUGUAGACUUCAACAUGGCUUCAACAAUUGUCGACACGCCUAUCGUACAGCCUGAAGUAAGGCAAAGAUGGUCUAACGAGACCAUUCCUCCGUCUAGCACGCUGCCGGCUUUCUUUUCGGGCUGGUCAACAUGGCAGUAUAUCGUCACUUUCCUUCUCGGCGUCGUUGUGUAUGAUCAGGUGAUAUAUCUCAAGAGAAAAGGCUCAAUUGCUGGACCUGCGUUCAAGAUCCCUCUCAUGGGACCCUUCAUCCAGGCUUUGCACCCCAAAUUCGAGGAGUACCUUGCUCAAUGGGCGAGCGGUCCUCUCAGCUGCGUAUCAGUCUUCCACAAGUUCGUUGUUCUUGCUUCAGAUCGCGACAUCGCCCACAAGGUCUUUAAGUCUCCAGCCUACGCCGAGCCAUGCAUCGUUCCAAUCGCCAAAGAUAUCCUCGGCCACAAAGCCUGGGUCUUCCUCCAAGGCAGAGAGCAUGCCGAGUACCGAAGGGGUCUGAUGCCCCUGUUUACCAACAAGGCAAUGGCAACCUACCUCCCAGUUCACGAGAAGGUGUUGGGCGAGUACUUUGACAAGUUCGUCGCCGCCAGUGAGGCAAACAACGGAAACCCCAUGGCUUACAUGGCUCUCUUCCGCGAAAUCAAUUGCGCGCUCUCGUGCCGUACCUUCUUUGGCGACUACAUCUCUCAAGACGCCGUCAAGAAAAUUGCCGACGACUUCUACCUCGUCACCGCAGCUCUCGAACUCGUCAACGUUCCCCUCUCGAUGUACAUCCCUGGCACAAAAGUAUGGCUCGGCAAGCGUGUGGCUGAUCAGGUCCAUGCUGAGUUUGCAAAGUGCGCGGCCGUGUGUAAAGCCAACAUGGCCAAGGGCGCGACUCCGACAUCCAUUGUCGACCACUGGGUGCUGCAUAUGAUGGAGUCCAACAGGUACCGCGAGAAGGUUGCUGCUGGCGAGGCCGAUGCUGUGAGGCCUUCGAAUAUGAUUAGGGAGUUCACCAAUGAGGAAAUCUCAGAGACGCUCUUCACCUUCCUCUUUGCGUCCCAGGAUGCGUCGAGCAGUGCCACGACAUGGCUCUUCCAAGUCCUCGCGCAAAGGCCAGACGUUGUUGAGCGCCUUCGCGACGAGAACCUUGCCGCGAGGGGUGGCGACAGCUCCAAACCCUUCGAUCUCCCCAUGCUGGAAUCGCUUACCUUCACCAAUGCCGUUAUUAAGGAGCUCCUCCGUCUCCGACCCCCCGUCAUCUUCGUUCCCUAUCUUGCAACGAAGAACUUCCCCGUUACGCCAAAGUACACCGUCCCCAAGGGAUCCAUGAUCAUUCCGUCAUGCUACCCUGCCCUGCACGAUCCCAAUGUCUACCCCAACCCCGAGUUCUUCGACCCCGAUAGAUGGAUCACUGGAGAUGCCGAGUCUAAGACCAAAAAUUGGCUGGUUUUCGGUGCUGGACCACAUGAUUGCCUCGCGAGAAGGUAUGUGCCGCUGACGAUGGCUGCCAUGAUUGGCAAGGCGGCGUUAGAGAUCGAUUGGAAACACCAUGCGACGGAGAAGUCGGAGGAGAUUAGGGUAUUUGCAACGCUUUUCCCAAUGGAUGAGUGCCAGUUGAGCUUUACCAAGCGACAGUGAGACGCACUUGCUGAGUUGCGGCACUAGCUUUUGCCUGUUUCUUCUAUAGAACACGCGGUUCUGUAUCUAGCAUAAUGACAAUGGGGGACUUCAGAACCUCAAACGAUCAUCCUAUGUUUAAUAACGAAAAUAUUUCACAUCAAGGCCGUUCUGGUAACCCUCUA